GUCCGUCCCUCCGGGAUCUGCGCCUUCCGCCGGGUCCCGUGAUGCUAGUCGCUGGGAGCGCGCGGGUCACGAGUAGCGGGCGGUAGCAACAUGGCUUCGGAGGGGGACGUGCGCGCCCGGCUGCGGCGCGCGGGGCAGGAGCACCUCCUGCGGUUCUGGGCUGAGCUGGAGCCCGAGCCUCGAGCCGCGCUGCUGGCCGAGCUGGCGCCGCUGGAGCCCGACGCGCUGCGCGAGCACUGCCAGCUGGCGGCCGCCGCCUACGCGCGCCACCCGGACCCCCGGGCGGACCUGGCCGCGCGCUUGCAGCCGCUGCCCCCGGAUCGCUUGGGCAGCGCGAGCCGCAGCGACACCGAGACGCGACGGCGCUGGGAGGAGGAAGGUUUCCGACAGAUUGCCCUGAACAAAGUGGCUGUCCUGCUACUGGCUGGUGGGCAGGGCACUCGCCUGGGUGUCACCUACCCAAAGGGCAUGUAUCAAGUGGGGCUGCCCAGCCAGAAGACGCUGUACCAACUGCAGGCGGAACGGAUCCGGCGUGUUGAACAGUUGGCGGGCGAGCGCCAUGGAACCCACUGCACUGUGCCCUGGUACAUCAUGACCAGUGAGUUUACACUGGGGCCCACGGCCAAGUUCUUCAAGGAGCAUGACUUCUUCCACUUGGACCCCGCAAACGUGGUCCUGUUUGAGCAGCGCAUGCUCCCUGCUGUGACCUUUGAGGGAAAGGCCAUCCUAGAGCGGAAGGAUAAAGUUGCCAUGGCCCCAGAUGGCAAUGGGGGCCUGUAUUGUGCUCUGGCUGAUCACCAGAUCCUAGAGGACAUGGAGCGCCGGGGGGUGGAAUUUGUGCACGUGUACUGUGUGGAUAAUAUCCUGGUACGGCUGGCAGACCCUGUCUUCAUCGGCUUCUGUGUGCUGCAGGAGGCGGACUGUGGGGCCAAGGUGGUGGAAAAGGCAUACCCUGAGGAACCCGUGGGCGUGGUGUGCCAGGUGGACGGUGUCCCCCAGGUGGUGGAGUACAGUGAGAUCAGCCCCGAGACUGCAGGGCUGCGUGGGGCCCAUGGUGGCCUGCUCUACAACGCAGGCAACAUAUGCAACCACUUCUUCACUCGAGGCUUCCUGGAGAUGGUCACCAGGGAGUUUGAGCCCUUGCUGAAGCCGCACGUGGCUGUGAAGAAGGUCCCGUAUGUGGACGAGGAGGGAACUCUGGUAAAGCCGCUAAGACCAAACGGGAUAAAGAUGGAGAAGUUUGUGUUUGAUGUGUUCCAGUUUGCUAAGAACUUUGCUGCCUUUGAAGUACUGCGGGAGGAGGAGUUCUCGCCCUUGAAGAAUGCGGACACCUCCGCCAGGGACAACCCUUCCACUGCCAGGAGAGCUCUGCUGGCUCAGCACUACCGCUGGGCUCUCCAGGCUGGGGCCCGCUUCCUGGAUGCGCAAGGGGCCCAGCUUCCUGAGCUGCCCUGUUUGCUCCCCAGUGGAGACCCUCCAGCCAUCUGUGAGAUAUCGCCCUUGGUGUCCUAUGCUGGGGAGGGGUUGGAAGCGUACCUGCGAGGCCGGGAGCUCCAGUCCCCGUUCGUCCUGGAUGAAGACCAGGCCAGGCUGCUGGGGCCACAGGAGACCUGACUCGCUGUCCUGCAAGCCCUGGGGCUCAAAGGGGUGGAGAUGCUGCCCUGGCCUGAGCUCUGGGUGGGAAUGCAGGCCUAUAGGCUGCUGCAGUCUGCAGGACACGGAAGGGAAUGUGCUGGUUUACUGAGGGGGGGACCUCCCCUGCCACCCUUGGACACAGUGACUGCGGCCAGCCGUGGGCUCUUUGGCUUCAUUUCUGGCUCUGGGGCCCAGUUGGGAGGCAGAGGGUUGGGGACUUGGGAGAAUGGGGCUAGAAGAGA